AUGGCCGACACUACUGCUACCAUCCCCGAGGUCGCUGCGCCAGCCGCCACCGAGCAAACGGCCGCCACCGAACCUGUUGCCGCGCCAGGUGGUGGCGAGGCCGCUGACGAGGCCAAGCCUGCCGCGGAUGCCUCCAAGGAGGACAUCGAGAAGCCGGAAGACACGACCAAGACAGAAGAUGCCGCCGCUACUGAGGGCGACGUCGAGAUGAAGGAGGCUGCUGAGACUGCGCCCGCCGUGGUUGCGACCGAGACACCGAAUUCGAAGAAGAAUAAUCGCCGCAAGUCUGUCGGCGGAGGGCUGAGCAGAAAGGGUUCCAAGGCCCGCCUCACGCACACUGAUGCCAAGCCUGGCGACCACUUCCUUAUGAAGCUUAAGGGCUUUCCACCGUGGCCUGUUAUCAUUUGCGACGAGAGCAUGCUGCCUCCGGCUCUCACUAGCUCUCGCCCAGUCUCCGCAGCCAAAAGCGACGGCACUUAUGCUGAAGCGUAUGCCGACGGCGGCAAGCGAGUCCAUGACAGGACAUUCCCUGUCAUGUAUCUUUUUACCAAUGAAUUUGGCUGGGCUGGCAACACGACCCUGACUGAACUUUCGGCGGAAAAGGCCAGCAACUCCGUCAACUCCAAGAUGCGCAAGGAUUUGCGCGCUGCUUUCGAGCUCGCUGUAGAGCAGCACCCGAUCGAGCACUACAAGGACGUUCUUGCGAAAUUUGAGGAGGAACUGGAGGCUCAGCAAAAGGCAUUUGAGGAGGCCGAGGCCGCCAGAAAGGAAGCUGCCGCGACGCCAAAGAAGAGCAAGAAGAGCAAGAAGGCCGAAGAGGACGACGUCGACCUGGACGAUGUUGAUUCUGCCAAGCCCAAGUCGAAGAAGCGCAAGGCCGAGGACGAGGCCAGCACCCCCCAGCGCUCUGAUUCCGUUAAGAAGCCCAAGAUCAAGCUUAACACGUCUUCGACACCCAAGGCCAACGGAACCCCGAGCAAGAAGGCGGAAUCUGUCACGAAGCCCAAGUCUGACAAGAAGGCUAAGGAUCCCAAGAAGGCCAAGGAUCCUAAGAAGGCCAAUGAGCCUGAGAUGACUCCUGAGGAGAAGCGCGAACGCAAGCAGAAAGAGGUCUUCUUCCUCCGCCACAAGCUUCAGAAGGGCCUCUUGUCCAAGGACACGCCCCCCGUUGAAACAGAGAUGAAGGGGAUGUCGGAUUUCUUGACCGCCCUGGAGACAUUCACGGAUCUUGAAGCGUCUAUCAUUCGCGAGACUAAGAUCAACAAGGUUCUGAAGGCCAUCCUCAAGAUGGGGAGCAUUCCCCGUGAAGAGGAGUUCAGCUUCAAGAAGAGGUCGCAGGGCCUCUUGGACAAGUGGAACAAGCUUCUCGCCAAUGCUGCUGCUGCUGCCCCUGCCGGUAACACUAAUGGUGUUAACGGCUCCGAGGAGAAGAAGGAGACGAACGGCUCUAGCGAGGGCGCAACGGAGGCCAAGGCUUCGUCGGAAAAGGCCGAUGAAGAUCAGGACAAGACGGAGCCCUCUGAGCCUGCCAAGGACGAAGAAAAAGCCCCGGAGGCAGUUGCAGCAGCUGCUGAGUAA